CUAAAUAAUAAAGAAGAUAACGAUUCUACCAAAACCUUUUACGAAACUACAGAAAACGAAUUGACGGAUGAAAAUGAAAGUGCUCAAUCUAAUAACAUAAAAUUUACUAAUAAAAAAAGUGAUGAGAAUCAUAGGGAAACUUAUUAUAAUAAGUUGUUAAAGGAAGAAUAUAAUUGCUAUGAUUAUAUUGAAAGAAAAAAAAAUGGAAAUAAUAUUUUUUGUUUUAGUGAUUAUGAAGAUGAUAAUAAUUUAACAUCUUAUAAUGUUCUACAUAAAAUUCAUAACAAUAUUAAAAUUAAGAGAAAGAAUGGUCGAAGUAAAAGUAUGCCAAAUAUUAAUGACAAGUUUUUAUAUUUUUUUUCUAAGAAUAAUCGAAAUGAUAAGGUAGAAAGCGAUAGCACGAUAGAUAACAUGAAUGAAAAGAAAAGUAUAGAAAAAAAGAAGACUAAAAAAAAUGUAAAAAGGAAAAUUAAUUUUGUUCGAUAUAAGUCAUCAGGUGGAAUGUAUUAUUAUACACAAUAUGACAAUAACAAUAAUAAUAAUAAUAACAAUAAUAAUAAUAAUAAUAAUAAUAAUAAUAAUAAUAAUAACAAAUAUGAAGAUAUCCUAAGAAGUGAUGAUAAUAAUGAUAAUUUUAGUAGUAGUGACACCUUGUGUGUGGAUAAUGUUUUUUCUAUGUAUCUUUUGAAUAAUUAUGUAGAUAGAAGUAAAACACCAAUCGUCCGAUUUUAUUUUGAUAAGUUAUUUUAUAAAUAUUUGUGUUUAUCAAGUGUUAUGCAUAUAGAUCAUAUUAAUAAUAAAUGUAAUAGUAAUAAAUAUUAUAAUAAUAUAAGCCAUACUAAUAGUCUUAAUAAUAAUAAUAUUAAUUGUAGUGAAUAUUAUAAUUUUUGGAAUUUUAACUACCUUCCAAAUCAUCCAUGUAACAACAAUAGUAAUUUCUUAGAUGAAAGUAAUUUACCCAAAAUAGGUUAUAUAUCACACUAUGAAGUUAAACAUAAUUUUAUUAAAUAUAAGAAAAAGGAUGAUGAAGAUUUUACAAAUUUUUAUAGUGAAAAAAUUUUAUAUAACACUGAUAAUUGUUCCCAAGAUAUAUUAUAUAAGAACUCAAAUAUUGAUGAUACUUCUAUAAGUCCUAAUGAUAAAAAAAAUAAAAAAAGUUUUAAUAACAAUUAUUUAUAUGAUGAUUUCAAUGUUAUAAAUCAUUCAGAUAUUAAUCAUAAUUAUUAUAAAAGCGGGAACCCAUUUUAUUCUUUAUAUAUGAAAGGAAAUUCCUCACAAGAUGUGAACAAUAAAAUAAAUACAUUCGAAAAUAAUAAUGGUAAUAUGAAUGGUAAUAUGAAUGGUAAUAUGAAUGGUAAUAAGAAUGGUAAUAUGAAUGGUAAUAUGAAUGGUAAUAUGAAUGGUAAUAAUAAUGGUAAUAUGAAUGGUAAUAAUAAUGGUAAUAUGAAUGGUAAUCAAAUUAAUGUUUAUACUAUGAGAGUCAAUAAUAAAAUUUCGGAUCACCAGACCACUUGUAAAAACAACACUGUUUAUAUUGAAAAAGACAUAAAAUGUGUAAACAAUUUAUUUCAUAAUAAAGAGAAACAUUUUAAUUAUUAUCCACACCGUGACAGAAUUUUUAAUAUUAUUAUUGAUGAAUAUGUUAUAAGCAUGGAGAGCGAUUUGUUAUGUUGUUAUAUAGGUAAUAAAUAUAACAAUAUAUUGAUAAGAUCAAAAAGUAAUCCAAACGGAAAGAGUGAAUAUAACAUUGAUGAAAAUAUAAUAUAUUCGACAUAUACUACACAUAUUAUUGAAAAUAAUAAUAGGAAUAAUGAAGAGGGAUCGAAUAAUAAUAUAAAUACUUCAAAUGUAAAUAUGGAAAAUAAUAAUAUUGGUGAAUAUCAUCAAGAUAAUCAUAGUAGAAAUACAACAAAUACAAAUAUAACAAAAGAUCAACAAACACUUUUACAUUUAAAUUCAAGAGAUUUAUCUAUGAAAAAAAAAUAUCAACAUAAAAAAUUUAUUAAUAUGUUUUCUAAAGAUUUUUAUUCAAAAGGAUUAUUCCAAUAUUUAAAUGCUGAUUUUAUUUUGAAUGAUGAUAAAAUAAAAUAUAUUAUACCAUUUUUUUCAAAUCAUAACAAAAUUAAUAUAUUUAAAAAAAACAUUGAUAGUAAUCAUAUGUAUUUAUAUAAUUAUCUAAUGUUCUAUUUUUAUUUAAAUAAAGACAAAAUAUUAAAUAAAUGGAAGUGCUCACAAAAUUUAUAUGAAGAAUUCCUAAUAAAAGAAAAACAUAAAUAUUAUAAAUUUAUAAAGGGAAAAAAAUAUACAUCCUCUAUUAAAAGUAGGGAUGACCAAGGAGUUAAAAUUAUAUCUAUAUGA